AUGUUGGCUGUAAGGAUAGAUGCAGAAGGUUUAAUAAAUGCUGAAUUAGGAUGCGAUAAGCGAUGUACCCAAACAACCCCCAUAAAUUACACCCUUCCUCUUCACAAAUUUGGAGCGUUAGUUAAAAAGAACAGCAUCUUAUACUUCUCCGGAGCUCGUAUCUAUUCGAUCCUCGCGAAUUGCUUCGUCUAUCCCAAAGGAUUUCAGGAGAUACUGUAA